AUGCUAAAACAAACUAUCAAGAAAUGGAACCAGUCAAUCGAAAUCUAUGAGAAUGGCAACACACAAGAGUCAAUAAGAAUAUUGUCAUCCAUUGAUGCUACAUCAAAAAUCAAUUAUAAUAUUGGUGUUAUGUAUAUAAAAUCAAAUAAUUAUAGAAGCGCAAUAGAUUAUUUCAAUAGAUCAAUAGAACAAGACAAAUAUUUAGCAGCAUCAUAUUUUAUGAGAGGAGUUGCACAUCACUUGGGUGGAGAUUUAAAUCAUGCAAUUGUAGAUUACGACGAAACUGUUUCAAAAUUAAGAGGUCACGAAUAUAUCGACUACAAACAAUUGGGUUUGGAUCAUAAACUAUUAUUGGCCGAGAUUUUAUUCAAUAAAGCGUUAGCAUUAGGUAGAGCUGGUUCAUCAGUUGCCUCCCAAGCAAUACAGUGUCAACAUCAACCAACCGAUAUGCAGAUAUUUAAAGAUCAAUGUAGAAAAAUUGCUGAUGGUUCUCAAUCAAAUUUUCACACUAGACCUAUACCUUUAGGCUUAUUAUUCAAACCACCAAGAGUCAGCGAGGGUCAAAGUAAACCUAAACAACCUGUACAGGCACCAACCCCAACUACUGAACUUUCAACCUCACCAACAAGUUAUGUAUUAAAAGGUCCUUCUGUUUCACCACCAGCUCCAUCCCCAUCAUCGGCACCUCCCUCAUUACCACCAACACCUACAAGAGAACAAACACAAAACUCUGCAUUACCACCCAAACCACCUUCUAAACCAUCAUUUGGUUCACCUUCAUCAUCAUCAUCAUCAUCAUCCUCUUCCUAUCCAUCAAAUAUAUCAUUAUAUAAACCAUCGCCACCAAAGCCACCACCAUUACCAUCAAAAAAACUACCAUCAAGACCCAUUAGUGCUGUAAUAUCAGAGAUGAAAGUCACCCUCAAAAUAUUUUAUAUCGACAGACGUUUAAUUCAAGUACCAGUACCAUGCACAAUUUCAACAUUAAAGCAAAAAAUCGAAUUAAAGUUUGAACUUAAAUUGGAUAAUCAAAUUGAAAUUUCUUUUAUUUUAGAUGGUCAAAAAGAGUUAUUAAAUAACCAGGUUCAAUUGGAUAAAAUGUUAUGUAUGGAAGUUAAUGAAGUUCAUUUAAGAGACAGAGAGUAUUAUGAAUUAGAACAAGAACAAGAACAACAACAACAACAACAGCAAUAUGUGGAGCCUAUUAAAAAACCAUCAUUAUAUAAACCACCAAAGCAACAAUUUUAUCAACCUUCACAGCAAGAGGAAACACCCGUACCCAAAUCAAAUUUUGUAAAUUUAAAUAAAACAACUUAUCCAUUACCCAAAACCUCACCAUCCCAACCAUCAUUGUCAUCAGCUCCACCAAAACCACAAUACUCUACCUUAAGAAAUAGACCUCCACCACCAUUGGGGCCAUCCUCACCACCAGGUACAUCAUCUUUUUCAACUUCACCACCACCUUUAGUUAAACCAAGAUCCAUUUCACAAAGUACUCCACCUGCUAUACCAGCUAGAAAUAAACCAUCACCCCAACAACCUUCUUCAUCAUCAACAUUUAAAACUAAUCCAGUUUCAAUACCUCCAAGACCCCCAAGACCAGGACUUUCUCAAUCACACUCUCCACCAUCAAAUAAUUAUUAUUAAAAAUAUUCAAAAAAAAUUAUAAUUUUAAAACUAUAGUAUAUUGUACUAUAUAAAAAAUAUAUUUAUUAUAUAAUAAUAAUGGAUAAUAUAUAGUAUUUUUUUUUAUACGAAUACCUACGCUGCAUCAAAAAACAAACAUUUUAUUUAUUAUAGAAAAUAAAAAAUUAAAAAAAAAUAAAAAAAUAAAAAUAAAAAAAAAACAUUGUUUAUAAACUUUUAUAAAUUUUAUAAAUUUUAU